AUGGGCAUGACACACAAACAAUACCUUUGCAGCCAACGCAUCUUUGGCUGCAAAGAGUGCAAGACGCACCUCACGAUCAUCGAGAACCUCGUCAGCCGCGCUUUCAACGGUCAGCAUGGUCGAGCCUACCUCUUUGAUUCGGUCGCCAACAUUACUUUGGGAGAGCCUGAGGAUCGACACAUGACUACGGGUCUGCAUACAGUACGGGAUAUCAGCUGCAUCAAGUGCAAGACCACGCUCGGCUGGAAGUAUGAUCGAGCGUACGUUGCUGCGGAGAAGUACAAGGAGGGAAAGUUCAUUCUUGAGAAGGAGCUGACGGUUGACGUCCAGUAA